GCCUGCACUUCCGGGUUAGUGUUGUUUGCCGAUAAGAGUCGACUGGAGGUCAUGUAAUAAAGUGUGUCGUUUGGCAGGUUACUCUAGAAUCUCAUGGCUACUGUAAACACGUUAUUGUUUCUGUAAUCACAUUGUGCUUCUUGAAUCAGUCAUGUCGCAAGAAUCGUCUGGAUUUACUCCGGCUGCUCAAGUCCCACAUGGAUCCAGUAAGGGUCCUUUAGGGGCUGCAUAUAUUCCCAAUGAAGAAGAGAGGCGUGUCUUCAGAGAAUGCAAUUCAGAAAGCUUCUGGUAUAGAUCCUUGCCGUUUUCUGCCAUUGCAGUCACAGUCACUCAAGUGUUGGUAUCUAAAGGAAUGCUUGCUCCAUCACCCCGAUUUGGCUCCCUUCCAAAAAUUGCCAUUGCUGGCAUAGUGGGAUUCAUCAGUGGAAAAAUGUCUUACAUGAGAGCAUGUCAAGAAAAGUUUAUGAAACUGGAGAACUCCCCACUUGGAGAGGCACUGCGACAGGGACAUCUACAUCCCGUCCCUUCUGAGUUAAACCAAUUAGAGUUUGCAGAUCCAAACCUAUCAGAUUCUCAACAGUCUGCUUCUACGUCAGUGUUCCAAACUGUGACAGAAUCCAGUUCUAUGCCAGAGAGUCACAAUAGUUACACAAGUGACUAUCCAUACAACAGCCCCUCCCAGUCAUAUGACCCUACCCCUUUUAGCUCUGGAUUCAGUGAUUCUGGACCUAUAGGCAUCAGGGAUGACAUUACUCCUCAAGCUCCACCAUAUGAUGAAGAUGCGCCCAAGAAGAAGGCUAUAUUGUAUGAGGAACUGCGUAGUAAGAACAGAGAGAACUAUGAGGUCACUCUCACACAGAAAGCUGAAACACUGCUGAAACCACAAACUGAUGUUCCAGUACCUAAGAAGGAAGUUAAAAAGAAUAUGUAUGGAGAUGCUUGGGAUGAGUAAGCAUGGACUGGAGGAUCAACUGUCCAAAGGAGUUCAAUGAGACAUCACGAUCUGAAUGGGGACUUCUGUGGUGUUGGUUCAUGACUCAUUCUGCCAGAUCACACCAAAACCCGCAAUCACAUUCUGAAUUGAAGGCGAAUGUACUGUAAGGAUCAAAGUUUUGGGAACAAAUGCAAAUUUGUUAGAAUAAAAACAUUUACUCUCUUUGUUUUUGUUUAUACAUGUAGUAGUUUGAAAACAAUGUUUAUCUUAAUUUCUUCUUGUUGUAAGUGGAUUUAAGAUAAAUUAUUUUAACAAAGUAUCAGUUUUUUUUAUUUAUUGGGAAAUGCUUUGUUUGUUAGGAAUAAUUAAUCAUUUUAAAAUUAAGAUUAUUUACCAUAAACCCAUAAAAUGUAUGUGUAGUAAGAUUGCUUCUCUGCUGAAAGUUGAGCACAACAAAAAACAAACUGUGCCCAGGUAACCAGUCAUGUUAUGACAGUAGAAAUGUUUGAACUUAGCACCAUGAUAAUGAUGAUAUCACUGAUGCUACAGUAAUUACAGUGUCAUGCCCUUUAAGCAUAUAAGAGAUAAAGUUAUGCUUGUACUGAGUUUUAAUAACAGAUGUUUCCUUUUUAAAUACAACUUCAAUUUCAUUGUCGGGAUCAUGUUGGCUAACCCUGCCACACAAAAUACUCUUUCCAAACAU